AUGGAAACGAAUAUAAUCUAUCUAUCUAUCUAUCUAUCUAUCUAUCUAUCUAUCUAUCUAUCUAUGUCUGUCUGUCUUGUCUCUCUCACUUUCUCUCUCUCUCACUUUCUCUCUCUCUCACUUUCUCUCUCUCUCUCUCUCUCUCUAUAUAUAUAUAUAUAUAGUCUAUCUCUUUCUCUUUCUCUAUUUCUACCUAUCUAUCUAUCUAUCUAUCUAUCUAUCUAUCAUGUUCAUACCUAUCUAUCUAUCUAUCUAUCUAUCUAUCUUGUUCAUAUCUAUCAUGUUCAUAUCUAUCUAUCUAUCUAUCUAUCUAUCUAUCUAUCAUGUUCAUAUCUAUCUAUCUAUCUAUCUAUCUAUCUAUCUAUCUAUCUAUCUAUCUAUCUAUCUAUCUAUCUAUCAUGUUCAUGUCUAUCUAUCUAUCUAUCUAUCUAUCUAUCUCGCUCGCAGAUCUUCCCCCCUUCCCGCUCUGUUUCCUGUGUGUCGUACUUUCCUCAUUAUCUGUCGUGUUCGCAAGCCGAGUUCACCGUCUGUGCCGCUAUUGCUAUCAUCGUUUACCCCGAACCCGACAAGCAACAUUCUGUCCGCCAUCUUUUCUUCUUUUUCGUCUUCUGA